AUGGUGGUGGGUGCCUCUCAAUGUUCAUCUCCUCUCGGCAUGGGAAAAGGAGAAGAACACUCAUCUCCCCAAACACAAUCUAGCUCAAAUCUCCCAACCGCUGAUAUACCAUCAAGUAACCGGUACUUUGUAAAUUACACCAGUGCUGGUUACUACGGACCACUUCCUGCGUGUCCAAUGCCUUUUCCGCCAUAUCCAGAUGGCGGCCAAUAUCCAACAAGCUCUGCUACGAGUGGAAGAGUUGAUAUAGAGGAACCACCUCAAUGUAGAGAAACUGAUAUUCCAUGUACCUCUGGAAUAGUUGAAGAAAGCAAAGAAGAUAGACCAUAUUCACAAGAAACUGAGGAUGGCAUUGCCGGGAUAGAGCAAUUAGAGGAUAAAGUUGGUGGUGAUACUAUUGAAGAGUCAAAGUCGGGAAUGAAAUUUAAUUCUUUUGAAGAAUUAAUGGAUUAUUAUAAGCAGUAUGGUAAGAAAUCAGGGUUUGGGGUAAUGAUAAGAAGGACUGAUAAGGAGGAUGAUGAGACUGUCCGAUAUGUGACUCUUGGUUGUGCCCGUGGUGGGAAGGCCCGGAAUAGGACGUUGAAUGUCGCCAGACGAUGUCCAACGGGAAAGACAGAAUGUAAGGCAAAGAUUAAUGCCUUAAAAGUUGAUGGAAAGUUCCGGUUGACAACAGUUCGUAAUAUCCAUAACCAUAGUCUUAGUCCAAAUAAAUCUCACUUCUUUCGAUGUAAUAGAGAAGUGAGUGACUCUGUAAAAAGAGUCCUAGAUAUAAAUGAUAUGGCUGGCAUCCGAAUGAAUAAGAGUUUCGGAUCUCUCAUCGUUGGCGUUGGUGGAUUCGAGAACCUUUCAUUUUUAGAAAAAGGAUUGUCGUAA